UGUUACAGUUACAGGUUGCAAAUAGCAAGUUUUAGUUGAACUGAUUCAUCAGGUGUUCAGGUAAAUCGUCAAGGAAUUGCAUCAGUGAAAUCCCAUUAAGACGUAAAUUAAACAAAUAUGUACAUUUGGAUCCCGGAAGUCGCCUUGCCUGAAUCCUGUUCAACUCAAAUCCUUCUGACUGCGCGUCGCAAGUGUAGCUGGAGAAGGAAGUGACAGAUGAGUGAGAUUAUCCACGACGACGCAAGAGCAACCUACCGGUGGUUACCGUACACAGGCGAUUCAGACGGAGCGAACAGGUUGGUGGCUCGUAGAAAAUGGGCAACGUUGACUCCAAACUCAACUUCAGAAAAGCUGUGAUACAACUGACAACCAAAACACAGCCCGUGGAGGCUACGGACCAUGCCUUCUGGGACCAGUUCUGGGCGGAUACUGCCACUACCGUCCAGGAUGUGUUUGCUCUGGUGCCGGCAGCGGAGAUACGAGCUGUCAGAGAAGAAUCUCCCUCUAAUCUGGCAACCCUCUGUUACAAGGCAGUGGAGAAGCUUGUCCAGGGGGCUGACUCCGGUUGUCCCUCGGAGAAGGAGAGACAGAUCGUCCUGAACUGCAUCCGUCUCCUCACCCGUGUCCUACCGUAUAUCUUUGAGGACGCAGACUGGAGAGGCUUCUUCUGGUCCACCGUGCCUGGUGCCGGGAGAGCCGGGGAUGAAGGUGAUGAUGAUGAUGAUGGAGCGAGGCCCUUGGCUGAGUCUCUCCUCCUGGCUGUAUCUGACCUGCUUUUCUGUCCAGACUUCACCGUCCAGAGCCACAAGAGGACAGGUUUGCCUGUGGGACCAGACAACCUGUUUGUAAACUACCUGUCCAGGAUCCAUAGGGAGGAGGACUUCAGCUUCAUCCUGAAGGGUCUGGCCAGACUGAUGACCAACCCUCUGAUCCAGACCUACCUGCCCAACUCAGCCAAGAAGAUCCGCUUCCACCAGGAGCUACUGGUGCUCUUCUGGAAGCUCUGUGACUUCAACAAGAAGUUCCUAUUCUUCGUGUUGAAGAGCAGUGAUGUUCUGGAUGUCCUGGUGCCGAUCCUGUUCUACCUGAAUGAUGCACGGGCUGACCAGUCUCGUGUGGGCCUGGUACACAUCGGUGUGUUUAUCCUGCUGCUGCUGAGUGGAGAGAGGAACUUUGGUGUGCGUUUGAAUAAACCCUACUCUGUACGAGUCCCCAUGGACAUCCCUGUGUUCACUGGAACUCAUGCUGACCUGCUCAUAGUGAUCUUCCACAAGAUCAUCACUAGUGGACAUCAACGCCUGCAGCCCCUCUUUGACUGCCUGCUCACUAUCGUAGUGAACGUGUCUCCUUACCUGAAGAGUCUGUCCAUGGUGGCAGCUAACAAGCUGCUCCACCUCCUGGAAGCCUUCUCCACCAACUGGUUCCUCUUCUCUGCCUCCCAGAACCACCAUCUUGUCUUCUUCCUGCUGGAGGUCUUCAACAACCUCAUCCAGUAUCAGUUUGAUGGUAACUGUAACCUGGUGUACGCCAUUAUCCGUAAGCGCAACAUCUUCCACCAGCUGGCCAAUCUGUCCUCUGACCCAGCCACCAUCCACAAGGCCCUGCAGAUGAAGAAGAGGAAGAAGACUACCACGGUCAUUAUCUCCCGGAUCAACUCCCAGGAGACCAUCUCCAUGGAGGGGUCCCGACCGGCCGUCCCAGCUGAGCCAGGGACUCUCAAAGCCAGUCUCGUGGCCAUACCAGCUAUUGACAAGCUGACAGAGAAGGCCCAGGUCUCUGAGGAUGGCACCAUGGUCUGUCUCCAACACAUGACCAUUGACCAAAACAUCCACUCUCCCCAACACACUCCCUCUCCGCAGUCCCUUGCCGCUGACACCAGUGGUAUAGCUGGAGCCAGCGACACAGAGUCCAACUCGGGGAGAGAUAACGAGGAGGCCUUUCAACCAGAGUCAGAGCUGGCCAGAAGUCGUUUGUCCAGUGUAUCAUCAUCAGCUGUGUACUGGAACCCCACUUCAGACUGGGUCCUCUCCUGGAAGAGUAAGCUUCCUCUCCAGACGAUCAUGAGGCUGCUACAAGUUCUGGUUCCUCAGGUGGAGAAGAUCUGCAUAGACAAGGGUCUGACCGACGAGUCAGAGAUCCUGAAGUUCCUGCAGCAUGGGACCCUGGUGGGCCUGCUGCCUGUACCUCACCCCAUCUUAAUCAGGAAGUACCAGGCCAACGCGGGCACCGCCAUGUGGUUCCGCACAUACAUGUGGGGAGUAAUCUACCUACGUAACGUGGAUCCCCCGAUCUGGUAUGACACUGACGUCAGACUGUUUGAGAUUCAGAGGAUCUAAGUGGAGCUGGUGAACAGGUCUCUACGACUGUGGCCCAAAUGGCACCCUAUCCUGUUCAUAGUGCACCACUUUUGACGAGCUCUAUGGGCCCCUGUAAAAAGUAGUGCACUACAUAGGGGGUAGAGCUCCAUUUGGGAAGCAGACAACGUCUCUCGGGAAUGGCUGGUUCGCCCUCGGGAACCACCAACCGCUCUCUCACCAACUGCCAUCUUCAAACCUGAACAGAAGUGUGGAAGAGGAGGAUGAAAAUUUUCACCAGACACACCUGUUCUAGAAAACAGGAAUUUACAGUGUUUGUUUUCUCUAUUUUGUUUCUUGCGAAGUGCCAACCCGUAGAACAUCAUGUAACAAACCACUGUCACGAAACCACUUUUCCUACAAGCUGUCUGCUACUACAACUGCCAGAAGGUCUGCCAUGUUAACCCUCUUCUAGUCAUGAUUUGGUGGCUUUCCAUGGGUAUAUUCCUUUAUUAAUUUGAUGUAUUUUUUAUUUUCUUUUACAAAAAAACAUAUAUACACUACUGUAUGUACACUUCCGUUCCAAAGUUUGGGGUCACUUAGAAAUGUCCUUGUUUUUGAAAAAAAAUAUUUUAAAAAAUUGUCCAUUAAAAUAACAUCAGAUUGAUCAGAAAUACAGUGUAAACAUUGUUAAUGUCUUAAAUGACUAUUGUAGCUGGAAAUUGUAGAUUGUUAAUGGAAUAUGUACAUUGGUGUACCGAGACCCAUUUAUCAUCAACCAUCACUCCUGUGUUCCAAUGGCACGUUGUGUUAGCUAAUCCAAGUUCAUCAUUUUAAAAGGCUAAUUGAUCAUUAGAAAACCAUUUCACAAUGAUGUCAGCACAGCUGAAAACUGUUGUCCUGAUUAAAGAAGCAAUAAAACUGAGUAUCUGGAGCAUCAGCAUUUGUGGGUUCGAUUACAGGCUCAAAAUGGCCAGAAACAAAUAUGUCUAUUCUAUUCGUCAGUCUAUUCUUGUUCUGAGAAAUGAAGGCUAUUCCAUCAUUAUCAAUGAUCAAUUAGCCUUUUAAAAUGAUCAACUUGGCUAUUGCAACACAGGAGUGUUGGUUGCUGAUAAUGGGCCUACAUAGAUAUUUCAUUGAGUCAGUCGUUUCCAGCUACAAUAGUAAUUUACAACAUUAACAAUGUCUACACUGUACUUCUGAUCAAUCUGAUGUUACUUUAAUGGACAAUUUUAUUUUUUAUUUUUUUCAAAAACAAGGACAUUUCUAAGUGACCCCAAACUUUUGUACAUGUUACUAAGAUUGUUUUAGAUGAAGAUUUAUUGUACUUAAUAUUUUCAGUUUCUAUUCUUGAAAUGCUUUUAUGGAAAGUUAAAAGAAAAUGGUAUCCCUUUUAUCACAGUAAGGCUCCUUUUCAUUUUGGAAGAUUGUGAAAUAGAGACUGACUGAGACAGACUAGAGAGAGACCUGGGGACUGACCGGAACCUCUGACCUGGGGACUGACCGGGACCUCUGUGAACUGACUGACCGGGACCUGGGGACUGACCGGGACCUGGGGACUGACCGGGACCUGGGGACUGACCGGGACCUCUGUGAACUGACUGACCGGGACCUGGGGACUGACCGGGACCUCUGUGAGCUGACUGACUGAGACCUGGGGACUGACCGGGACCUCCGUGAACUGACUGACCGGGACCUGGGGACUGACCGGGACCUCCGUGAACUGACUGACCGGGACCUGGAGACUGACCGGGACCUGGGGACUGACCGGGACCUCCGUGAACUGACUGACCGGGACCUGGGGACUGACCGGGACCUGGGGACUGACCGGGAUCUCUGUGAACUGACUGACCGGGACCUGGGGACUGACCGGGACCUGGGGACUGACCGGGACCUCUGUGAACUGACUGACUAACAGACAAGAAGUGAUAUCUCUGGAAUGUAUGUAUUGGCUUUUGAACUGCAGGCAAAUGCUAUUGUAUUCUGUGUCUGAUUUCAUAAUGUCAAUAUUUUCAAAGUACUGGAAACAUAUCACAUGUAAUAAAUAACGUAUUACGAAUCAAA